AAGGAUGGUUGACGUAUGAAAGUGUUGUGUGCUACGUAUAUCCCAGGAGAAACUUGCAUACUAAAUAGAUUGAUUUAUUGUAAUAUUUCUUUCCAGGCCUUGGAUAAGAUUCGUUAUGAAAGUUUGACAGAUCCUUCAAAACUAGAAAGUUGUAAGGAUCUGUAUAUCAAGAUUAUACCCAACAAGGAAGAUCGCACUCUCACAAUUAUAGACACUGGUAUUGGAAUGACUAAAGCUGAUAUGAUAAACAACCUGGGAACUAUUGCUAAAUCUGGCACUAAAGCUUUCAUGGAGGCCUUACAGGCAGGAGCAGAUAUAUCUAUGAUAGGCCAGUUUGGUGUGGGUUUCUACUCUGCCUACCUCAUUGCUGAUAAAGUAACUGUUACAUCCAAACACAACGAUGAUGAACAAUAUACGUGGGAGUCAUCAGCUGGUGGAUCUUUUACAAUAGCUUCUGAUCAUGGUGAACCUCUUGGAAGAGGAACCAAGAUAACAUUAUACCUCAAAGAAGACCAAACUGAAUAUUUAGAAGAAAGGAAAGUAAAAGAGGUUGUGAAAAAACACAGUCAGUUCAUUGGUUAUCCAAUCAAGUUAAUGGUGCAGAAAGAAAGAGAGAAAGAAGUUUCUGAUGAUGAAGCAGAGGAAGAGAAAGAAGAGGACAAAAAGGAUGAAGAGGAAACACCAAAAAUUGAAGAUGUAGGAGAAGAUGAGGAUGAGGAUAAAGAAAAAGAUAAAAAGAAGAAAAAGAAAAUUAAGUAUUCUGAUUAUUGCAGUGAUACUUGUGCUUAUAAUAGGGACUUCUCGUAUUUUCAUCAAGCUUUUUGUUCCAUAAUGGUAUUAUUGUUAGCAUGUAAUUGCAUUUGCUUGUAUUAUGUUUCAUUUAUAUUCUUAUUCAUUUUUUUCACUUACCUAGAUUUCAUAAAGGGUGUUGUAGACUCGGAAGAUCUGCCCCUGAACAUCUCUCGUGAAAUGUUGCAGCAGAACAAGAUCCUAAAAGUGAUUAGGAAGAAUUUAGUAAAGAAAUGUUUAGAGCUUUUUGAAGAAAUUUGUGAAGAUAAAGACAUGUUCAAAAAAUUCUAUGAACAAUUCAGCAAGAACUUGAAGUUGGGUAUUCAUGAAGACUCUCAGAACCGCAAGAAGUUAGCAGAGUUCUUAAGGUAUUACACCUCUUCUUCUGGUGACGAGAUGUGUUCCCUGAAGGACUAUGUGUCACGUAUGAAGGAGAACCAGAAACACAUCUACUUUAUCACUGGUGAAUCUAGAGAUCAGGUAUCAAACUCUGCUUUUGUGGAAAGGGUGCGAAAGAGGGGUCUGGAGGUGAUUUACAUGAUUGAACCUAUUGAUGAGUACUGUGUACAGCAGCUAAAAGAAUAUGAUGGUAAAACACUAGUCUCUGUCACCAAAGAAGGACUAGAGCUUCCAGAAGAUGAGGAAGAAAAGAAGAAGUGGGAAGAAGAUAAGGCCAAGUUUGAGAGCUUGUGCAAAGUCAUCAAGGAUAUCUUGGACAAGAGAGUUGAAAAAGUAGUGGUAUCCAACAGACUUGUAAGUUCCCCUUGUUGUAUUGUCACCAGUCAGUAUGGUUGGUCAGCUAAUAUGGAAAGAAUUAUGAAAGCUCAGGCUCUUAGAGAAUCUAGCACCAUGGGUUAUAUGGCUGCCAAAAAACAUCUGGAAAUUAACCCUGACCAUCCUGUCAUGGAAAACCUGAGACAGAAGGCAGAUGCUGACAAGAAUGACAAGUCUGUUAAAGAUUUGGUACUGCUGCUAUUUGAGACUGCAUUGCUAUGCUCUGGUUUCUCUCUGGAAGAUCCUCAAAAAUAUGCUUCUAGAAUCCACAGAAUGGUGAAGCUUGGACUUGGUAUUGAUGAAGAGGAAAUGGCUAGUGCUGAGGCUGAAAGUACUGAGGAUAUGCCUCCAUUAGAAGGUGAUGAGGAAGAUGCAUCUAAGAUGGAAGAAGUAGAUUAACUAGUCUGUUAUUAACGUUUAUGUGUAUUUUGUUUUUUGUGUAUAUAUAUAUUUAUUGACUUCUAUGUUUUUUAUUGGUACUUCUAAUAAAGAUUUCACUUCACAAGUAAAUAAAAUAGUAGUUCAUAAUGUCAUAAAUACUAUUUAAUUCAUUGCAAAUUAAUAUAAUGAUAAGUAAAGUGUUUUUAAGAAAUGUUAAUAUCUUGACAUUUUGAAGGUAUGUUAACUCAUGAUUACUGGAAUAAUUUUAAGGAACGAAAAACAUUGUUACUUUGAAUCUCUAGUUUUGAGGAAUUUUCAAGCUCUGAAAUUAUCAAUGUUCAAAGUGAAAUAAUGCACUACCUGCCAUAUUAAAUAAAUAAAGUUUUAUCCCAGUAAAAAGCA